AUGGAUAGCGGUGCUACAUCGUUUAAUGUACUGGGUGAAUGGCGACGUACAGUACAGUCCAAGUUGCUGGGUGAAAGGCAUGUUGGAUUUGUAGCAGAAGAAAAUAAAUUGCAUUGCGGUAGCAUUAAAGAUCGAGAUAGUGUAGUAUUGACACCCAUUGCCAAUAUUCAACAAGGCACUGUAAAUUACAACCAUAUGUUUGACAAUUUGAUAUGGGUCUCAGAUGUACAAUUCAUGGAAGAACUCCAAUAUACAUUGAUCUCGUCACCGUUCUUAAAUGAUAUACACCAUCAUCAAAUGCCCUUAUCGGUAGCAAAUUCUAUAAUGGACUUCCAUCGAGACAGGAGAUUUCACAGAGAAAGCUUUAUUUUUAGCGUGCCAACAAAAUUGGGGUAUUUAAAGGCUAGGUAUGGGGAUAAAAAACUGGAAUUGCGAAAGAACAUUAACUUCAUGGAUGUCCAUAAGACUGUAUACUCCAUCCUUAAACACUUGAGAAAUAACAAUAAAAAGUGUACAUGGCGUAUCCUAUCCGUUUUAAUGAUAAUACUUUACCUCGGCUACGAACAAGCUCAUUUUCAUAAUCAGUAUCCCAAAUACAGUUUCUUAACACAACUGAAAGCAAUGAUGGGAAAACUACAACAGUUUGACAGCAUUCAAAGAAAGUACUUUGAAAAUAUCAACAUCACAAAGGAAUUUGAUAAAACUGGAAAUGAAAUAUUUCAGUUAUUACAUUCAAUAACGCAUAUAGCAUCUAUGAAACUUUACCAUUUAUCAGAAUUUUUACUACGGUUCACAAACAUCGGAAAAUUAUCAAAGUAUUGUGGUGUAUAUGGUAUUGACAUGAACUUAGCAUAUUUAACAAAUGUCAGGAUCUUAACAUCUACUAAACAAGAAUUACAUUUAUUACAAGACAAGAUCGAAUUUUUAAGGAAGUUCUUAUUAUGCUGUUUUCUAUCAGUGGAGCACCAAGAUUAUAACGAAAAGGUUAAGAAUAUUAUCUUUUCCACCUAUCUAUUAAAACUCUUUCCUGGAUACACUGAAGAUAAUAAUUGCAAGUCCUUAUUUUCUUCACAAUGGUCUGUGUUAUCAACCGUGAUAGUAAAAUUUAAUCAAGAUUUAAGCUUUUUAUACUCAGUGUUAAAUGAAAAUAAAGAGCUUAUAUAUUCUACCGAAACCAGAGAAGAGUCAGAAACUGAUGAAAUGCUAAAAGAAAGAUACAAAUUCAGAUAUAAAGAUAAGAAUCAAUCAUUAAUGCUUAAGGCAUUAAGUCAAAUCCAUCUAGUAGAGGAGCAAUUGAUUUCUGUGCAGGACGCAGAUGACAAUGAAGAAACUAAAUGCUUGAUCAACGAUCAUAUCAAAAAUCUCCAACAGCUGAUAUUGUGUUGUAAUAAUAAGACAAAUUCUGGUACAAACUUCAGCAACCGCCAUACUAGCUUACAAGGGAAAGGGUUAUUUUUAGAUGUCCUGAAAUCACCAGAGGAGAAAUUUACACCUAUUUUUCAGGAAAUGGAAGUAUCUCGUAUUGGGAUAAAAAACGUCAGUGAUAAUGAUGACCUCGAAAGUAUUUUAACAGACAACGAGAAUUAUGAACAUAUAGAGCCAGCGCAUUUCAUCGAUGACAGAAACAACGGCGGGGCUUUUACAAUAUAUGAAGAUUCGACAUGUUAUGCUGACGAUUGUUACAAAAAUGCUUCUGAACUCAGGAAAUUAAAUGAUGAGCAACUUCGGCGGAAAUUAAAUGAAAAAAUUCAGUUAUUUGCUACUGAAAACAAGAAAAAUCGAAAUCAAAUACGACAGCAGAAGUCUUUAGAACUCUUGAGAAGUAAUAGUACACUGACAGCGUUAAAUGAGCUUAAAAGCAAUACUAAUUAUGAAUCAUUGGAUAAAGGAGUUAAAACAAAAAAAAGAGCACACUUUAUGGAACAGGAAUUGUACUCAGAGGAGACUAUUCCUUUUUACUAUGAGAUAAACGACUUCCUUUACAAUCAGGCCAAUCAGUGA